AUGCCUUCCUAUAAUAAUUGUCCAUAUCGCCAUAUAUCAAUGCCAUAUUAUGCUAGAUCGGUUCCGUACAUCGAUUUCAAUGCCAGAUGGACAAAAUAUGGCGUUACGGUAGCCGGAGGUAAUGGUGCAGGCGAUGAACUGGACAAAUUCAAUCAACCUUGGGGUUUCUAUUUGGACAAUGAUCAAACAUUGUAUAUCGUUGAUUUAAGAGGCUAUCGUAUUGUGGAAUGGAAGCCCGGUGCAACCAGUGGUCGAGUAGUAGCCGGUGGAAAUGGAGAAGGUAAUCGGACUGAUCAGUUGAACUUGCCUGUAGAUGUGACCAUUGACGAAGACAAGGACAGUUUUAUCAUUUCGGAUUAUGGAAAUCAACGAGUGAUGCGAUGGCCUCGUCGAAAUGGUACAAGUGGAGAAGUGAUCAUUUCGAAUAUUGAUUGCUGGGGUGUUGCGAUGGACGAUCAAGGAUUUCUCUACGUUUCUGAUGUAGGAAAAAGCGCAGUAAGACGAUUCCAAGUAGGAGAACCACAUGAAACGAUAGUGGCUGGUGGCAAUGGAAAAGGUGAUCGUCUCAAUCAACUCAAUAAUCCGACUCACAUUUUCAUCGAUCAUGAUCAAUCUAUUUAUGUGUCAGACUCAGGAAAUGAUCGUGUGAUGAAAUGGAUCAAAGGUGCAACAGAAGGAGUUGUUGUGGCUGGUGGUCGAGGCAGAGGAAGUGAUCUCACACAAUUGUCGAAUCCUCGAGGAGUGUUCGUCGAUCUAUCGGGUACAGUCUAUGUAUCAGAUCAUUGGAAUCAUCGAAUAAUGCGUUGGAUUAAAGGAAUGACUCAGGGAAGUAUCAUUGUUGGUGAAAGCGGUCAAGGAGACAAAGCGGAUCAAUUGAAGUUUCCCUUCGAUUUGUCAUUAGAUCAAUCUGGUAAUCUCUACGUUGUCGAUGAAUGGAAUCGUCGAGUUCAACGAUUCAAUAUCGAAAAGAAUUGA